ACAAAUCAUCACAUGACAAUAUGGAGAGCAGAGUGUUUUGUGACAUUUCAGUGUAGUGUAUGUUAAUAUUAAAUCUACAGUUAAAUAAAUAAUUCAAGUUCGUUGCCCUGUUCCGACCUUUCACCGGUUCCGAUGGAAUCCGAAUGUACUUCCAGUAAAUAGCGGCGGCCACAAAUCGAAAGUGAUUUUGUUUUACUCACACACGUGCCAUUGUUGAACAAGCAGUACAUGAUUGAUGAAUUCUUUAUCUUAGAGUCAAUAAAAGAUGAAUGCAAUCAUAUCCCUGUGCCAUUUCUGUGAGCUCCAUGGGCCAAAAGUGUUGUUCUGCACACAGCCAUUUCACCCUGAGGAGAAGGAAGUAGGAGAUAAUGAAGGAGAGACAGACAUCAGUGGUCACCGCAGAGUAAUAUCCCCAAGUGCCGCAUUGGAACCACAAACCCCUCAAACUCCUACCUGCGGAGCAAACUCUCUUCCAAGCUACAAAAAUGAUUUAUGUGAAGGUUGCACUUCCGUUCAUUUAGGAUUUGUCAGCCAUGAUGAUGAUGCUGGUGUCAGUUACAUGAGCUCCCAACGGCCACAACACAGAGAUGUCUUUGCAAUGAUCCGACAGUCAUGUAUUCGCAGUCUAAGUUGUGAGGUUUGUCCAGAUCAGGAGGGGCCAAUAUUUUUUGGUGAUGAUCAGCAAGGAAAUACUAUAAGCUACACAUUCUUCAUCAAGGACAACCAGGCCAGAGGCUUCCAAAGACUUUACAGCAUAAUUGUAGUCAUGAUGGACAAGAUUUACCUUCUUAACUCUUGGCCAUUCCUAGUGCCAAAUAUUGAAGUAGUUGUGAAACACCUUAAAUCUAAAGCUAAGGCAGUAUUUGAGAAGGAACAAGUGAAAUUUCCUCAGCGACCAAGUGCCAGUGUCAAUCCUAGGACAUUUAUUCAGCAGAGGGGAGGAAAUAAGCCGGUACGCUCGCUCAGUGAGUUGACUGAUGACAAGAAUGUGUUUAAAAUCUUGCAUAUGUCGUUUGUGUGGAUACUGAAAGCAUGUGGCAACAGGUUAUCAGAAGCUCUAUUGGAGGGAGCGCCCACGGAAGACUCAAUCAUCGACAUGGAAAGACAAGAAGUGACAGAGGAGGACUUUGUGAUGCUGUACAGUAAAAAGUUAACUGUAGAAGAGGAAGUAGAGGAGGCAGUGGACGCGGUCCGGUACGCCACUCUCAACCAGCCCACACAGACUGAACCAGUCGAUGAUGGGAGUCCUGCAUUCAAAGAUAUCAGGCACAUUCUUAGUUUACUUGGGCCCAGUCUUUUCCAUGUCCUGGCUCAUCACGUCGUCGUAGGCAACCAGAUCAUUAUCAGAGCAGACGGAAGAACUCUCAUGCGAACAUUUCUUGAAGCACUUACUUGCCUGCUGCCUCGGGGCUGUUUCAAAGCUGUUGCAUACAGUGAUGUCUAUGUGGAAUCCUACAAGUGCAACUUUCUUGGCCUUGACCCUCGGAUCUCCAUUCCACCACAUGUUAACAAGGAUGAGAAGUACCUGCUGGUUGAUGUGCACAGGAAACCUGACUUUGCCUUCGAUGGCUCCACUGACCCAUUUGCUGGAUACGAUUUCAAGUUUAGCAGCUCCGUUACAUUUCAACCUAAUAGUGUUCCAACAGUGCUGACAAAGAUGGAGUUUGCUAUACGAAACACCAAUCUGUGUGAGGAAGUGCUGGACCAGGCACUGGUCUGCUACAAGGAAGAAUGGAUGAACAAAGUGAAGGUCCUGUUCAAAUUUACUAAAGCAGGAGGGGGUCGUAGUGAUGAAGACAUGCGUAGUCUAAUGAAAAUAGUUGGAGCCGUCGAUGUAGACAGACCUCUGCUCACAUAUUGGAUGAAAGGACUUAGUGACCAAUAUAAAAAACACAUUCUUACAACAUCAAAACAAGCUCAAGUAUCUUGAUGCUAUUGGUUUAUGGAAAUAAUGUUUUGAAACUAGCUUAAAUUAUGUAUUAGUUGUGUUCAUAGCAUAUAUGCUAAAAGGUGCAAUAUAAAGAUUUGUGGAUCAUGCCGUUUUUAUGCUCCCCCAAAAUUUUUGGGGGGGGAGCAUAUAGUCGCCGCUUCAUCUGUCCGUGCGUGUGUGUGUCCAUCCGUCCGUGCACAAUUUUUGUCCGGGCUAUUUCUCAGCAAUUAAUGACCGGAAUUCAAUAUAACUUUAUGGGAAGCUUCACUACCAAGAGGAGAUGUGCAUAUUAUCAGCCGGUUCUGUUCGGAUGAUUUUUCACAGAGUUAUGGCCCUUUGAAAUUGUCCAUUAACUGUACAUAUAGUGCAAUUUUUGUCCCCCCAACUACUGACUGGAAUUCAAUGAAGCUUUAUGGGAAGCUUAACUACCUUGAGGAGAUGCGCAUGUUAUUUGUGGGUUCUGGUUAGAUGACUUAUUUAGAGAGUUAUGGCCCUUUGAAAUUUUUAAGUUGCUAAGCCAUCCAUUGUAUUAUUUUGUCCAAAGUUAUGCCCCUCAAUACGUUUCCUUUUUAUCUGAAUAUAUAGUGCAAUAUUGUGACAAAAAAAAACUUUGGGGAGCAUCACCCGUCUCCGACGGUUUCUUGUUUAAAUCUAGAACCUCUGUAUCUUGUAAAUAUGUACAUGUUUUAAAGGUAAUAUUAUUCUAUAACUAAAUCUCAUGAUGGCAGUAAGAGAAAAUGGCAUCAACAUUUUGUUGUUAAGGCAUCCAUUUCAGUUGAAAAACAAAAUAAAGUUAUUGAUAUGAGUGUUAUUUAAUAAUUGAUUGUGAUUGUUUUAUUAUACUCAAUAAAUACUAUUUUGCAGGAAUCUUAUAAAGUAAUCUUCCUGUCUUUUCCUCCAUCCAUCUAUCUUUCCACAAAAUUAGUGUUUUUCUUUUGAAACUUUAGACGUGUUUAAGCAACAAACAUGGAACUUCCUAGUCUGUAAGAUCUCUGAGGAAAAAUGCAGUGAGAACUUUACCUGAAAAACAAACGAUAUUUCUGGAAUUAUUGCAGGUUUUUAAAUAGUUCUUUCUUUGUUUUAGCUUAGAACCAUAAAUCUAUGGCCAUAAGAGGGAUACAUUUAAAUCUUCCUAGAUAGUUUAAUCUUAUGAAGGAGAAGUGCCGUGCGCAAAAGCUAUUACCGGUUCUCUGGACUUCAUAACUCAAAUGGAGUUAGUUCCAUUUGUUAAUUUUUCAUUUAAAGCAAUAUCAACUUCAGUAUUUGUCGAGAUGUAUUUAAUGACUUUACAGAAGUUCUGGUCUGUUGAAAAACAUGGCUGCAACAGUGUGGGGGAGUUUCCGGAUAUUGCCAUAGUUAUACCAUAUAAUCACUCUAGAAGUCACAUUGCUGUUUAAAAAUUGUAAAUGAGCAUUUUGGAGCAUUUGUUUAAUAUAUUAGUUGAAUUUGAAAAUGGUUCUGGUCCAUUUUAAAACAUGGUCGCCAGGAGGCUAGACAGUUUCCCUCAUGUGGCUAAAGUCAAACUCUUGAAGUUACAUUUGUUACUCAAUGACAAAACUUGCUCAGAACAUAUUUGUACUAAUAAUCUUUCUGCCAAGUUCAGAAAUGGUUGUGGACCAUUAAAAACAUGACCAUCACGGAGUUGUGGAGUUUUCUUUAAUUUGCUAUAAUAAGUGAUAGCUUUUCAACACAAAUUACUUUGAACUGUUUAGUUCCUGAGAGUCUCAAGUGAGCGCCCUAGGGCAGUUUGGCCCUUUGUUUAAAUGGAGAGAGAGUUGUUUGAAUUUAAAUGUAUACUGUAAGAUAAAAUGCAUUAAAUUAUACUCUACAGCAUCAAUUAUUUAGAUCAUGAUACUGCAUAAAAUCGAAAAAACAUCAGACAGCCAAAUAUUCAUGUUUUGUCAACUGGUUCUGAGAUAUGUUACUUGCGCUUGAUUGGUCAAUGUCAGCUUGGGUACUACUUUAAUGUACCCCGGGUAGGGUACAUAUACUUGAAGGUACCCGGUCGAUAUUAGACCGUACCCGAGUAAUAUUCCUGCCAAAAAUCCAAUGUUGUAAAACGCGCUACCGAUUGCCAUUAAACAAUAUUGUUUAUCUUAAACAAACUUCUCUUUUAAAAAACUGCAUCAACAUGCUUUUAGAGUAUGAAUUUAUAUAAUAAAGUGGUAAUUUAACAGAAAAAUGACAUAAUUUGAAUUAAAAAAAAUAGCCGACAACAACCAAUUAAGCAUUAAAAUUCCUCGGUAUGUUUUAGUAUAUUUACUGUACCUGGGGUACAUGUAAGUAUACUUAAGAGUACCCAGGGAACAUGUAAGUAGUACCAGAGCCGACAAUGACCAAUCGAGCGUUACUUGCCAAUUGGUAUUUUGUAUACAUAUGCUACAAAUGCACCUUGUAUUUUUAUUUGUUGAUAACUCUAGAGGCAUAGCUAGACCAUUUGCUAUUGUAAAGCCCAGAAAUAAAACCAUGAUAAGAAGUUUGAUGUUUAUCAUAGUCGAUGCUUUAUUGAACACUAUAUAUGUAUAUACACUAUAUAUGUAACUCAUCUGUCAAAUAAAAUUAUUUAUGUAUAUGUGAAAUAUAAGCAUAUAUUUAUGAAACAUGCUUUACAGGUAUUAUAAUUUUUGUGAAAAAAGUUUCUACCCAUAUUACAAAGAACUGGCCUACUUACUGCUAUCUUAGGCGUCCCUAGACGUGGUUGGAUUGCCAAGGAUGCAGUGGGGUUGUUGUCAUGGUAGUGAGGAAGCAUGAAGACGGCCGCAAAAGGCCAAAAACGUCAAAAGGAGGUGACCUUACAAUGACUUCUUUGGACAUGUUCAAAGUAAUGUUCUUACUUAAACCCAAAAAGAAACACGAUUAACUUCAAAAGGAAAUAGUAAAGACAUACUAGGGUUGCCGUGGAAACACAGGUUCAUAGACGCAUGGACACUUUGCAGCGACCUGUCUACGUCCCCAGUACGUCUUAGUGGAUCAUAUUACAACCCUGUUGUGUAUUAAAUUGCAGUGCAAGCGCCAAGGUUGCAUAAAAUUCAUGGAAGACAAGCUAUAAAUAAAGUGUGGAUGCCAAGGGAGACUCACACAGAAACAUAAAAUGGAUUUCAUGAAGUUGUUGAUGAUCGUUGAAUAAAUGCAGAGAGAUGGCAUUGUAAUAUAAAUACUACAUACAUGCCAAGAAAACAGAUAGCAGGACCCAGUGAGAUGGUUGAUGGAAUUUGUAUUGCUGUGAUAGAAAAAAUUGCAUUUUUAGUAUUUUUAUCAGCGUUUUUGAAAAACAAUGUUUUUUCUCCGUAAAGAAGCCAGUCUGGAGAGACGAUUAUUAGUAUGCAUGAUAUAUUUAUAUUCCAACAAAAGUUAUUUACAAACAUGUCAAUUAAGUGCAUUAUAUUUCUGCCUUAAUAACAUGCCUUGGUUUAGGUACCUUAAGUAGGAAUGUCAAUUAUGAUUUUCAGCACCAUUAAAGGACAUCCAAUUUAUGUAAAUGAUUGACAUGACAUAUCAAGAUAACCUUCUGUUUUGUCAUGACACCCGACUUAUGCACUUCACUCAGCUGAUGGUUAACUCGAGUAAGUAGUGUAUCUUUAAACCCUAUGGUGCAAGGUUAAAAAUACAUGUAUAUGUUUGACUAGUCACAGCAAAUGUUGACGUUGUCACUGUCUCUGCUUUUUCAUGUAAAAUGCUUUGCGUUUUCAUAAUCAUAACCAUUAUAUACUUUUUACUGUUUAUAUUUUACCAUUAAAAAGGAAUUGCUUUGAAUUGAA